GGAGUAGUUUCAUUUUGUGGAAUAAUAUUCAUAUUCGUGGGCCAUUCUCAAAAAACGUAUAUGUAGUAUAUAUGUAUUCGGUUUGGGGAUCUUAUUGAUCUAUCCUUCAUCAAUAUUAACUAAAAAUUUGAUUAGAUAUAUAUUGGGUGGAGAAAGAUAGACCAGCUAGCUAGAUCGAGGGAAAAGAAAAGGAAAUUAAGGAAUGGGAGGUACAGAAAUAGAAGAGGCGGGAUCAUCUGCUUCUGCUGCUGUCAUUGCUAACCGUAGGGAUCCAUAUGAAGUUUUGAAUGUUUCAAAAGAUGCUUCUGAUCAAGAUAUCAAAGCUGCUUACAGAAAACUUGCUUUCAAGUAUCACCCUGACAAGAAUGUUGAUAAUCUUGAAGCCUUGGAAUUGUUUAAAGAGGUUGCAUAUUCUUAUAACAUUUUAUCUGAUCCCGAGAAAAAAAGGAUAUAUGAUAAUUCAGGGUUUCAGGCUGUUGAUGCUGAUAGCAACGAAGUAAAAAUUGAUUUAUCUAGCCUUGGAACAGUUAAGAAAGUGUUUGCAGCAAUAUUCAGUAAGCUCGGGGUUCCUAUAAAAACAACUAUUUUCGCCAAUGUUCUUGAAGAUGCUUUGAGAGGAGCCGUCCGUGACCGGCGUGUCAAAUCCCUUCCGCUAGGAUCACGAGCGCGUGGAAAGGUAGAGAAACAAUCUGCUGACUUUUAUGAUGUCACUGUUAACGAGGAAGAAGCUAAAGCAGGGAUAGUUGUUAGAGUUACUUCAGGGGCCCAAAACAAACUUAAGUUGCUGUAUUUUGAGCAAGAAAAUGUUCGGGCCUAUAAAUUGGCAUUGCAGGAAGACACCGAGAAGACGUUAAAGGUGGCAACUGCAGGGAUGUAUUUCUUGCAUUUUCAAGUAUAUAGAAUGGAUUCUAGUGUCAAUGCGUUAGCAAUGGCUAAGGACCCAAAAACUGCUUUGUUUAAAAGAUUGGAAGGUCUCCAGCCAUGUGAGAUCUCGGAAAUUAAAGCUGGGACCCACAUAUUUGCUGUAUAUGGUGAUAAUUUUUUCACGAGUGCAUCCUACAAGAUUGAAGCUGUUUGUGCGGCAACAUAUAAGAGCUCAACUAAUGAGCUCAAGGAUAUUGAAGAAAAAAUUUUAAAAAAGAGAACGGAUCUACGCCAAUUUGAAAUCGAGUAUAGAAAGGCUUUGGCACAAAACCAAGAAGUGACCAAUGGAGACACCCAGAAAAAGCAGAAUGAGGCUUUGGCACAGUACAAAGAAGUAACAAAUAGGUACACCCGGGAAAAGCAGAAUGUAGAUAAGCUUUUAAAACAACGACACAAAAUCCAAUCAUCUUUUACGUCUAAGAAGAUUGGGAGUAAAGUCAGUAAUGGAGGUCAUCAUAAGUCCGAAAAAAGCAUCCCAAGUGAAGAAGAUGGUCUUACUCAUAGGAAUAAAAGGGAAACAGUUGAAGGAAAAAAGCUAUUUCAUGGAGUAAAAAAACUAAUGCGGAGAAAGAAGGGUCAAACCGAAAGUUUAUCACCUAUAUAAACCUAAACCUUCUGAUCAGAUCAGGGUUCCAGUUGUUGAGAUCGAUAUAUAUCGAUACAUAAAAUAAAUAUAUGUUUCUUCUUCCCUUUUUGUGUGUACAUAAUAAUUUCUGUAGGUUGAUUGUUAUGUGAUCACCUUUCAAUCCUGUAAUAUAUAUAAUUCGUAAUAAUAAUAAAGAAGCAUCGAUGUAAUCA